UAAAAGGCACAGCCACGGUCACACUGGUGUGCACUUUUUUUGUGCAAUUAUUUAUCAAAAAUAAGCAACGACGUGUGACAACGAACCACGAACCCAACGAAAUGGCAACGCGCGGCGGUCCAAUGGUGGCGGGCACCGACGGCAACGAUUUCGAGUUCAGACAGCGCGUAGCUGGCACAUAUCAAAUUAGCCUGCUGAACAAGUCCAGGUUGAAGUUCUGCAUCUUCUUUCACGCCCUGCUCUUCUUCGUGAUGCUGGCCAAGCUCACGUCGGACAUCCUGGACCGCCUGGACAUCUUUGUGCUGGAGAUCGAGGAGCUAGAGGUGCCGCCGCCGCUGUGGUGGGAGUACGUGUGGGCCGCGUCGCUGCUCACUUCCUUCCUGGGCCUCUCGGCCGCCAGGGGCAACAAGGUGCGCGAGAUGCAGAAGUACAUGGUGGCCAUUCUGCUGUUCGCCAUCCUGCCGCUGUUCUACUGCUUCGCCUACUACUUCUCGGACGUGUGGGAGUUCGCCACGCUGGACAAGUCAGUGGAGCUGGACGAGACGGACAUUUUCGUGUGGCGCGGCUACCCGUACGGCGUUUUCUGGUACGCCUUCUGCUUUGUGGGCUUCCAGGUCCACGGAUUCACGCUGUACUUCGCCUACAACCUGGUCAAGGCCUGGAAGGCCAGAACUGCCACGCGCAAGUUCCAGUAAUCUAAAUACUCGCCAAACUAGUAAACGCCGGAGAGCAGGGCUAGUUGUAAAUAAUUUGGAAACUUGAAACUAACUCAAAACACUAGUGCACAAAAGCGUAAUGAAACUAUGGUAAAUCUAAAGUUAUGCAGCUGUUAAGGUAUCGCACACUUAGUCAUACAGGAAGGGAAAACAUAUGGUCGAAACUAAACUAAACGAAGCGUCGGCGUUAAAGUUAUUGUUAGUUGAAAGUUAAACCGUUCAAAUGAUUAAAUAGACUCUUAUCCAUAUACACAUAUACAUAUAUACACAACGCAGCCUUGUGAGGUCGACUAAAGACAAGAAGCAACUGAAGCCACCAAAUUUCCCCGAGUCGGAAUAAAAACCAAAAACCAACCUA